UUUAAGUUGAGUUCCGUUUUUAAAUUUUUUUUAUUAUAAAUGUCACAUCCAGGGGCAAAAGAAUAUCAUGACGAAUUUGCUAUCAGAGAAACAGACACACGAAUCGAUGAAUCAAUAGCUGAAAUCGCUAUUAACGAAACUGGUUUUGGGAAGUUUAAUAUUAAAGUAGCAAUAAUAUGUUACUUGAUUUAUUUCAAUAUAAGCCUCGGAGUCGUUUCUAUCGGAUUUGUACUUCCGGCCGCUGCUUGUGAUCUCAAAAUGAACAUCAUUGACAAAGCAUUAAUUACUACGGCAUUUUUUGUUGGUGCAUGUUUUAGUGCAGUAAUUAGUGGAUUUCUAGCAAAUCUUAAGGGUCGCAAAUGGACUUUGUUGCUGGCAUUAUUUCUCCAAGGAAAUUCUGAUUUUCUACAAUCAAUUUUCUCCAAUUAUUGGAUUAUCGUGGGAUUGAAAUUUUUCUCUGGUGCUGGAUCAGCUGGACAAAAUAUUGUCUUCACUUAUUUAGGUGAAUGUCUGCCAUUGAAGAAUAGAAAUUUUUUAUUAUCAAAUAUGGAAUAUUUUUGGAUUUUCGGACAUGCAUUUGCAGCAGCUGUAGGAUGGGGUAUUAUUCCUCAACAAUUUGGGAUUGAGAAAUCAUAUUUUACCUUUCAUUCUUGGAAUCUUUAUAUUUUAAUUUGUUCCUUACCUUCAUUUAUACUUGGAUUUUGUUUAAUAUUUAUGCCAGAAACACCAAAAUUUUUAGCUGAAAGGGGAUCGAGAGAAAAAUUACUACAAGUCCUCAUUUACAUGUACGAGCAAAAUGUGGGGAAAUCGGGAAAGGAGUACAUAGAAAAAUUAUUGAGUAGUGGAAAUGCGGUACUCAUAGAAUUGGUUCACAAAAAUAAAAAUGAAGUAAAAAAUUCAAAUACAAUUAUUCAAAGGAUUUUCAAUGAACUCAAGCGACUGGGAUGUAUUUUUAAACCACCACUUUUAACAAAUACUAUACUUGUAUGUUUCACUGCAUUUACUGUCACUUCUUCUUAUUAUGCAUUCUAUCUUUGGUUACCAGAAAUUUUUCAAAGAUUUGCAAAUUUUCAAGCUGGGCAUAAAGAAAAGGGUUCUAAUUUUUGUACCAUUUCACGUGAUUUGCCUUCUUCCACUCAAGACACGCUCGUCUGUGACACGCCAAUUGAUAAAAAAGUAUUUCUUAACAAUUUAAUAUUGUGCGCAUCUUGUAUUCCCACAACUAUCAUAAUUACAUUAUUGGUGAAACGUUGUGGAUUAAAAAUAUUAUUAGCUGCAAGUUGCAUAUUAUGUACGGCUGUAAUUAUUGGCAUUUAUUUCUCAAAUUCAUUUCUUCAAAAUUUAAUUUUAUUAUGCAUCUAUUCAUCUCUAGCGUCCACGAGUAUGACUAUUCAAUUUGCAUAUUUCGUGACAAUUUUUCCUACAAAUUUCCGAUCAUCGGGUAUAGUUGUCUCGAGUUUACUUGUCCGUUUAGGAGCAAUGUUUGGCAAUUUUACUUUCAGUUUCCUUAAAGACGAAUGUAUUUAUUUUAUAUUAUUAACAUCCAUAUUACUUAUAGUUGCAGCAGUAUCGACAAUUUUAAUUCGUGAGAGAAAGGAUAAAUUGAACAAUUGAUUGUAACUUAAUGAAAAAUCAUAUUUAUUUAUUUUUAUCAACAAAUCAUUUUAAUCGACAA